CUUUGCCUGACGUUACUUAACAACACCAUGAAGAUCAACAAGCUCCUUCUCGCCGCAGUGCUCGGUUUUGCAACUACCACUCUGGCUCAAGAGGGCAAAUGCACUGCCAAGGGCGAAUGCCAGGAAAACACUAGCGGCGUCCGCCUCUUCUGUUCCUCGGGUAAUUGUGACGGGAAGGAAGGACAGUCGUGCACAAGGAACGGUCCUGGGUCUUCCAACGUGGCCAACUGCCCAAAGUGAAGGAUUUGGCUG